AAUCCUAAAAGACAACAUACAUAAAAACUCUCUCCCCCUCUAUCUCCCCUCCAUAUGAUUCCUUCUCACCUUUCCAUUUAUUACCGUUAUCUUACAUCAUUCUUCUCCUAAGUAUAUUUGCACACCCACACUCACUCGCCAUAAUUGAGGAGGUGGUGGAGGAGGAGGAGGAGUAGAGGAAGAAGAAGACGGGAUCGAUGAAGAGGCAGAACACGACGACGCUCUCUUCAUCUUCCUACCGGGAAAGCAUCAACACUUCCGCCGAAACCAGCAACAGUAAUCUUCACGCGAAGAGCAUCGGAUGCAUGUCCGGCAUCAUCCAGCUCGUCUGCAAGUACCACAACCGUCGCAAAUUCCUCAUCACUUUCGGGAAAAAAUCGGAAAAGAACAUCGUAGUCUCUUCCUCUCAUCAUUCUACUAGAAAACCCGUAGAGUCACCUACCAAGUCGCAUGAACAUAGCCAUAGUACAAGCAAAGACAAUGGGACCCCGCCUUCCGAACGGCCUCGGAGGCUCUCAUGUGAAGCCCCGGUCCGUAGCCCGACCCUUCCCCCAGAGAUCCGGCGAUCUAACUCGGUGAACUCGCCCCAGAACUUCCAUUCCCCCACCACCCCGCCUCCCUCUCUGGUGGCACGAUUGAUGGGCCUCAGCGAGGAGCCAAUUGUCAUUCCCUCGGAGUCCGCUGUGGAGAAGAGGAGGAAGCUGCUGGGCGCGCUGGAGAAGUGCGACCAAGACCUCAAGGCGCUCAAGAAGAUCAUCGAUGCCGUCCGGUCCACUGAGCUGGCACACCAAAGGCCCGAUACAUCGGUUGCAGCCGGGGCUGAGGACCGGUGCGAGGAGCUCGGGAAGAGUAAUGGUGCGGGGGAGGAGCAGCCGAGCCCGGUGUCCGUGCUCGAUGAGUUGGCUCGGUCCCCUAUUUUGACAAGGUGCAUGAAACGGCAACCAAACGAAAGACUACAGCAUCAGCCGCAUCAGCAAAUGAUCAUUAAGACUAGAAAACCAGGAGAAGCCGAAGACGCCAACUUCCCCCCAGUCGUGAGCCUCUCCGACAGGAUCAAGCUCAACACAACCGAAUCUCUCCCACCAUUAGCAAGGAGAUCAUCGAUACCAUCACCAUCACCAGAUCACUACGAUAUUUAUCAUCAACGGAGUUACCAGGAGGAGUCGUGGCAGGAUAGUUUCCCGAUGAAGAUGCUGAUCAGCAGGGGGAUGAAGGAGAGCGUGGAGCAGGUAUGCAGGGACGUGGAGUGGGGAGAGAGGAGAGAAGUGGGAAGGAUAGGCCUGGCGCUGCAGGAUCACAUCUGCAGGGACUUGAUUGAGGAGACUGUCAAAGAACUGGGGCUUUUCUGCAAAAGUUCCCUGAGUCCGGCCAUGGCGGCAGUCCCCCCGUUUGAGGCAUGUAAAAGGAGGCUCAGUUUCUGAUGACGACCAGUUCAUUAAUUCUCUCACUCAAUGUAGAUGCAUAAGUUCCCUUCUUUUGCCCUUUUUUUUUUUCCGUCUUUUGUUUUUUUAUUUUCUCAGAGGAAGAUUUGUACAUUCAUCUUCAUCGAUGCUAGCUGCAGGAUGUUGUUCUUUGUCGUCGGAGCUUUGUGGUAUCGUCAUAAUGAUUGGCCCAUAACCAAGAUGUCUGACUCAGGAUUUCGAGUAAGGUCCAUCGCUGGCCAUGAGAACAGGAAACAAUUUUAGGAAUGUAAUCUUUGUAUAAAAGAAUGUUUCUUUUGUAAGCAUUCAUGUAAGGCGAAUUUUUCUGUUCAUGGUGAUUGAUCGUUUCUCA